AAAAAAUACAGAACCUUCAGAAAUAAAGAAGAGUAUACCUGCAAAGAAGAAACUGAAAGAAUUAAGAGUUUUGGAUCCGAAAACAGCUCAGAAUCUGUCUAUCUUCCUGGGAUCAUAUCGCAUGCCAUAUGAAGAUAUUAAAAACAGCAUUCUAGAGGUUAAUGAAGACAUGCUAAGUGAGGCCUUAAUUCAGAACCUUGUAAAACAUCUUCCUGAGCAGAAGGUACUCAGUGAAUUAGCACAGCUUAAGAAUGAAUAUGAUGACCUCUGUGAGCCUGAGCAAUUUGGAGUUGUGAUGAGCUCAGUGAAAAUGUUACGGCCUCGUCUCAAUAGCAUUCUUUUCAAGCUCACAUUUGAAGAACACGUAAACAACAUCAAACCAAGCAUCAUAGCUGUAACUCUUGCUUGUGAAGAAGUGAAGAAAAGUGAAAGCUUUAAUAGACUUUUAGAGUUAGUUCUUUUGGUUGGAAACUACAUGAACUCAGGGUCAAGAAAUGCCCAGUCUUUGGGAUUUAAGAUCAACUUCCUUUGUAAGAUUAGAGAUACUAAAUCAGCAGAUCAAAAAACAACCCUUUUGCAUUUUAUUGCUGAAAUCUGUGAGGAAAAAUACCGAGACAUCCUGAAAUUUCCUGAAGAAUUGGAGCAUGUAGAAAGUGCAAGCAAAGUUUCAGCUCAAAAUCUUAAGAGCAACCUUGCAGCAAUGGAACAACAAAUUGUUCAUCUGGAACGUGACAUCAAGAAAGUUCCUCAAGCAGAAAAUCAACAUGAUAAGUUUGUUGAAAAGAUGUCGAUAUCCUUUAUUUAUUUAAGUAUUUUGUUUAUUUGUUAGUCUGUGUCUGUCUGUCUGUCUACCUAUUUACCACGUGGUUAAUUCUAGGCUCCAUGGUCUCUAACACUGUCUGGAUGAAUUUGUGUGUAUGCUGUUUUUAUAUUAGCUGCAUAAAUUUUGUUUCAUGAUGCUUGGAAACAGGUAGAGUAUAAGCAAGGGAACAAUUAGACCUGAAAAAUUGCCAUUUCUCAAAGAAGAAUUUCAUUUGAAAGCCCACAAGAUAUGCAAGGUAAGUCUUAUGAGGCUUGAUUAGACCUAAAACAAAACAAAACAAAAGAAAGAAUCUUCUUAUGUAACCAAGAGCAUAAAAGCGGUGAUGGAUAUUAGAUUUUUUUUGGUCUGAGAUUUUCAUUUUCUUUUUGCAUGUGUGCAUUCAUUUUUUGAGGACAUGUGUGUAUUUUCUGAUGGCAUUUGUA